CAGUUAUCUCCGAGCAAGAAGAAGAACCUUCACACCUUCACUUCCCCCAAACUCCAUUUCCACCAUGUUACCAGCGGCGACAUCAUGCCGGACCUCCAUGUGCAUCUCCCCCAAUCCCGACCAACAAAACAUCCUCCUACGCAGCGCCAAACCCAAAACCCUCCUCCACAAACACCCCCUCUACGAGACCACCCACUCCAACAUCUCCUUCCAAUUCAAGGAGAAAAUCCUCUGCCUCGAGAUCAUGGGCGUCGACUCCGGCCGCGCCCUCGCCCUCAACCCCGCCCUCCACACCGCCUCCCUCCACGCCAUCCACGACAUCGUCACCUUCCUCCAGUCCAAGGGCAUCCACCUCAAGGACCUCGGCCGCAUCUUCGGCAUGUGCCCCGCCGUCCUCACCUCCGACAUCAAAUCCGACCUCGCUCCCGUCUUCAAUUUCCUCUCGCACGACCUCCGCGUCUCCGAUCUCAAUUUCCGGAGAGUCAUCAAUAAAUGCCCUAGGCUCCUCAUCUCCAGCGUCAGGGAUCAAUUGAAGCCCGCUCUGUUUUACCUCCAGCGGCUAGGGUUCACCGAUCUGCACGCGCUGGCUUAUCAGGAUCCGAUCCUGCUGGUGUCGAGCGUCGAGAAAACGCUCAUCCCCAAGCUGAAUUACUUCGUGAGCCUGGGAUUCUCGAAGAGCGACGCGGUGGAGAUGGUGCUGAGAUGCCCGGCGCUCUUCACCUUCAGCAUUGAGAACAAUUUCAAGCCGAAAUUGGAGUAUUUUACCGGGGAGAUGAAGGGGGAAUUGGGGGAAUUGAAGGAGUUUCCGCAGUAUUUUGCGUUUAGUUUGGAGAAUAGGAUUAAGCCGCGGCAUAUGGAGGUUGUACGUUGUGGAGUGAAGGUUGGACUGCCGAUGAUGCUCAAAGCCACUGAUGAAGAAUUCAGGGAACUGUUGAUCAGGAAAUGAGGUGUUAAUAAAUAAAGUAGUAGUAUUGUCUUCUUCUUUCAUCUAUGUAAGUACUACUUACUAUAUAUUGUUGCCACUGUAAAAUGUAAAUCCUUCAUCUGUGUAAAUCCAUUUUUGGCCUAUAGUAUAUCUUUGUGCUUCUAUUA